AUGUCCGAGAAGCCACCGUACGUCGUCCCCCCUACAGCCGACUCAUCUUCCACCGCCCGCCCUGCUACGUUUAUCUUCCUUCAUGGCUAUGGAGACGACGCUGAAGGUCUCCCCUUGGGAUUGGCACAACAGUUCCAAUUCUACAACAAGAUGCAAUAUCUGAAAUGGGUCCUGCCGAAUGCACCGCACAAUCACGAGGCUAUGACUCGAGCAUGGUAUAUCCCCAAGGCCUUGCCCAACGCCAUGAAGCCACGGGUGCCUGGCCAUGAAGAUGAGGAGGAUUCUCCCGAUGACGAGGCUGGGAUCAUGCAGAGUGUGGAUAUGGUAGAUCAACUUGUCGAGCAGGAGAUCAAGAGUGGGACACCCCCUGAGAGGAUUGUCGUUGGCGGAUUCAGUCAAGGUUGUGCGGUGAGUCUGACCUGGGGCCUGACGGGAAGACUCAAUAACAAAGUCGCGGGAGUGCUCUGCUUGUCUGGGUACCUGCCUCUGCGGGACCGAAUAGCGGAGCUGAGAAAUGAGAGGGGAAUCAAAGCCGACGACAAAGACCCCAAGAAAUGGUUCUACGUUCAUGGCACAAUGGACAUGUUGGUCCCUACAAAACUCUUCGUACAAGGCAAGGAAGAGCUGGCAAAGUGGGUGGACAGGGACAACGUCGAGGAGCAUUUGUACCAGGGCAUGGGCCAUUCUACGAAUUCGGCCGAGUUGAGAGACAUGCUGGCAUUCUUUGAAAAGGUGAUUCCCGAAUGA